CGGGACGGGCGGCACGGCCCGGGAGCGGCGCGCCCGUGUCCUCGCGAGAUCGGCCCCGCUAUAAAGGGGCGGCGCGGCGGGGGCUGCGGCACUUGGCGGCUUCCUGCUGGAGUGCGGGGACAGGAGCUUUGUAUUAAAUCAAGAUGUCUUCAGGAAAGGCUUUCAUUGGAAAACCAGCCCCUGAGUUUACUGCCACAGCAGUAAUGCCAGAUGGGCAAUUCAAGGAUAUCAAGCUCUCUGACUAUAGAGGGAAAUACGUUGUGUUCUUCUUCUACCCUCUGGAUUUCACUUUUGUUUGUCCAACUGAAAUCAUCGCAUACAGCGACAGAGCUGAUGAAUUCAGGAAAAUUAACUGUGAAAUAAUUGGAGCUUCUGUUGAUUCUCACUUCUGUCACCUUGCCUGGAUCAACACUCCUAAGAAACAAGGUGGUUUGGGCACUAUGAAAAUCCCACUGGUUUCUGACACAAGGCGUGACAUUGCCAGAGACUAUGGAGUACUUAAGGAGGAUGAAGGUAUUGCAUACAGGGGCCUGUUCAUAAUUGAUGAGAAGGGGAUCUUGAGGCAGAUAACAAUUAAUGAUCUUCCUGUUGGCCGUUCUGUUGAUGAGACCCUGAGGCUUGUGCAAGCCUUCCAGUUUACAGAUAAACAUGGAGAAGUGUGCCCCGCUGGCUGGAAGCCCGGCAGUGAUACAAUCAAGCCUGAUGUUCAGAAGAGCAAAGAGUAUUUCUCCAAGCAGAAGUAAACUUUCAUUCUGAGUGGAAACUAGUAUGCCUUACAUAAAGAGCAAGUACCAGUUACUGAACUUUGACUAAUUCAUUGCAUUUGAGUCAAGGGAUCAUGCUAGAGGUAUAAGCAGUAACUUUUUUUUUUUUUUACUUGAAGGAAAGUUAGUCCUGUUGACAGUAACUUUAUAGAAAACCUUAAUGAUCAAUAUCUGUACAUCGUGGCCUGUUGACUUUAGUGAUGAUGCAGUAUAUGUGGUUAGCCAUGCGUUGCAUAUAGAAUAAUGGUAUCCUUUUGUAACUAUUAAACUUGUGGAAAGAGCA